GAAGGCCAGUUGGGUUGUAAACUAGUUUACUCAUCUCUCCAUUUCCACUCCAUUCCUCUCCCUCCCUCCCUCCUUUUCCUCUGUAGAUGAACAGUCAGAGACUUUUCUUUAAACUUAUAGUAGAGCUCUUAAAUUGAUUGAGUAAUGAUGUAAAGAAAGAGAGAAAUAGAGUGUAGUUUUUGAUUACUUCUUUCUUGGGUUUUGCUUGUUUUGUUGUGGGUUUACUCAAUUCUUUUCUUUUUAUUGAUGGGUUCAGAAGGGGAAGUGUUGAAAAAGGGCAAAAAUGGGGAACCCAAGAGAGAGAAAUGGUUGCACUGUGACUGGGUAUACACCAGUACCCUACAAGUUGGGCUAGUACUAGGCAUGGGAGUGUUGCUUCCAUGUCUUCUUUCAAGUGACUCUUAUUAAUUACAUUAACUCUCUUUGAGCUCAAUCUCUCUACACAUUUAACUCUCGUAGCAAAAACAGACCAAACCUAAACAGAUCUGUGUUUGGACUUUGGAGUACUAAUUUACUAGUUUCACUUCAGUCAUGAAGAGACUUGGCAGCUCAGAUUCUUUGGGUGCUUUGAUGUCAAUCUGUCCAACUACAGAAGAUCGCAGCCCUGCUGGUAACAACCAUGUCUAUGGUAGGGAGUUUCAGUCCAUGUUGGAAGGCUUUGAUGAAGAAGGGGGUGUGGAGGAAUCAGGCCAUGUCGCCGAGAAGAAAAGGCGAUUAAGCGUGGAUCAAGUCAAGGCAUUGGAGAAGAACUUCGAAGUCGAAAACAAGCUUGAACCAGAGAGGAAAGUGAAGCUCGCCCAAGAACUUGGGUUGCAACCAAGACAAGUAGCUGUUUGGUUCCAGAACCGCAGAGCUCGCUGGAAAACCAAGCAGCUUGAGAGAGACUAUGUUCUUCUCAAAGCCAAUUUUGAAUCUCUUAAGCACAACUACGACUCACUCCAACAUGACAAUGAAGCUUUAUUGAAAGAGAUACGAGAACUGAAAUCAAAGUUGCAAGAAGAAGAGAACACGGAGAGUGAAGUUUCGAAAAAGGAUGAGAAAAUGGUAUCUGAACACGAAAACAAAGAUUCUGAACAGAGUAAGCAACCAGUUUCUUGUGUUGGUGGAUCGGAUGCAACUGAUUUGAACUACGAGAGCUUCAACAGCAACGGCAACGGCAACGGCAAUGGAGUGAUCGGGAGCUCAAUCUUCCCGGAUUUCAAAGAUGGGUCGUCGGACAGUGACUCGAGCGCGAUACUCAACGAAGACAACAGUCCCAAUGGAGCUGCGAUUUCUUCAUCUGGUGUUCUUCAGAACCACCAGCAGCCAUUUGUGAUGAAUUAUAGCUUUCAGUUCACGGACUCGAAAGCGAUUCUGAGUGAUGCCCAGAAAGCGUAUCAGCCACAGUUUGUGAAGAUCGAAGAGCACAAUUUCUUUGGCGGGGAUGAGUCCUGCAAUUUCUUCACGGACGAUCAAGCUCCGACCCUUCAAUGGUACUGUCCUGAUCAGUGGAAUUGAAGAUGACCCAGAUCAAAAACAACAUGAAAAUGGGGGGGCUCCAAAUUUUUGUAAAAUGGAAUGGGCAGUUUACGAUUAGCUUUGGUAUGAUGUCCAUUGUACAAAAUCAAUUUGUUGCACAGUGAUGGGUUGAUGAAGGGGAUGAGAAUAACAGUAAAACAAAAGAGGAGAGAGAGAAGAGGAGACAGAGAGGAGAGAGAGAUUCCCGUAACUAUUGAACUCUUAAGUUACUCUGUGUGCUUGUAGGGGGGGGGGGGUGAAAUGACGCGAAUUCCAUGAGAGGAAAAUCCUGCUGUAAUAGUGAAAUAAUAAUUGGUUCUCGCAUAUUCUAUCAUCCUAUAUAUAUAUAUAGUUAUAGUUAUAGUUAUAUAUAUAAAUUGCAUAAGAAACUUUUACAGCCUUUACAGCACUUGGAACAUAA